GAUAACAAUCAACUUUUAUUUUGGCAAAUGACCUGAUAAACAGGAAGUGCACUGGUGUAGAAACGCGUUGUACAAGCUGUGAUGCUCGAGUAGGACUAGUUUCAUAAUGAUUAGAGUCUGCUGCAUCAUCUGGGUUGCACUUUUUGCGUUAGAAAUUACACGAAUCCAGGCUUUACUAGGAAACCUAGAUGAUUGCUGUAAAAGAACACAGAAAAUGAAUGAAACCUGCAUAAACAGCACAUAUUGUGGGUGUCUCCACGUUCUGGAGAACAGCACUGUUCAGUGUGUGCAGUGUGACUCUUUAACUUCAGAUCUGGAGAACUUGACACUGUGCAACACCACUGUCGACCGCACCUCAAUAUCCACAAUAGUCAAGAUAGGUGGUCCGGGUGUAGCAGCCUCUGUCCUUUUGGGCACUUUGCUGAUCAGUCUCUUCCUCAUUCUCUCUGUUGCCUCGUUCUUCUACCUCAAACGCUCUAACCGUCUCCCCGGUGUCUUCUACAGACGCAAAGCUUUCAUAUUUCAACCAACUGAAACGGCUGUAAUGAUGCCUGCUGCGUCAUCCUCAGUGCGCAAACCGAGAUACGUCAGGAGAGAACGGCCUUCAUCAGCCGCAGCAGUUGGCAGCAGUGCCACCAUGCCAGUGGGACACAUAACAAAGGUGUAUAAUGUAACUAUCCAGUAGAGAUAAGCUUCAGAGAGGAAGAGGCAACACCAUUUACGAGUAGUAAUGUUUACGUCGUCUAUUCACUUUUUUUUUUUUUUUUUUUUUUUUUUUUUUUUUUUUAAACUUUAGUGGGCUAAAGUGGUCUUUUUUAUGUAGCCUCUUUGUACACAGAUUCUCAUGUUUCCUUGUUUGCACAGAAAAACACUUUUCUUCCCUUCCAAUUCCUAUUUCUUUUCUUAAAAGACUGGAGUGCAUUGUGAGAAUAUUUUAUUUUUAAGAUCCUAUUUCUAGUUAUUUUCUUAAAAUUUGUAAGUUAAAUAUUUAUUAUCAAUAUGUAUGUGUCAUACCUUUUGGCCUUGAGUCUGAAAGAGUUCCUUAAAAAGACAUAAUAUUUGCACAUUAGCUGUUUUCCCUAUUUCUGGGCCAAAUAGCAGCCAUCUUUUUUUUAGAGUGUUUGACCACCUUCUUUUAGAAUAAACAGAUUAUAUGUAUUGUUGGGGGGGGGGAUAAGUUGAGUCAUUUAGGGGCUUAAAAUUUGCAGUUCAAUGUCAGCCUGAGGAUGAUGCCUAAAGUAUUCAGAAAACUUGCCAAAUUGUGUACAUUUUAUACCCUUGUACGAAGGAUUGUAUGCACACCUUUCCAUAUAAUUGCCAUGGGCUGUUUUGGGGUUCUUUAAAGCACCAACUAAUUACAUAAGGGCACUCAUAGUUUACUUAUGAUCCCCUCUGUUAAAGCACUAGAUUUUAGCCAAAUAACGAACUUAGGGUCAAAAAACAAAACAAAUUUUCAUUGCACUAUUAUAUAAAGAACAUUUACCUUCUCUGUUGGAUCAAAAAAGAAUAGCGAAUCACUAAUUCUUGUAUUUGUCAUGUUAAUUUGCCACUGAAACACAGUGAAAGAUUUUGAAUGUUUGUGGUGCUGUUUAUUGAUUGUACCAAUGAAGUGCCAAAAAGAGGCAGUAUACACUGUGUUGUCAUGGGUAAGGCCUUAAAAUGUGAACUGUUGAAUUUUGGAGAUGUCUAUUGGUAGUAUUAUGAAUAUUUAUACAGUAGAUCACAGCAUACAAGCAGUCUUGUCUGUAUUUGCUUUUAUCCCUUUUUCUAAUUUAAGUUUUAUAUCUUCUAGUUGUGGUUUUCUUUACGAUUUGAUAGCAAUCGGUUUUGAUGUCUACUACCUAACUUUCCGUAGUCAUUGGAAUGAUUGAGUUCUCAGUUUGCUGGUUGAAUAGUAUCAAAACUGAAUGAAAUUUUGUGGGACGCAUAGUAGCUGAUUGUAAAGAACCUUAAAGUUUCUAAUACUGUUUUAUUAGCUGUUGUGCAGCGACUGGAAACCAUAUACAGGUUGUUUAUAUAUUGGAGGUGUAUAGAUCUAUGAUGCUGUAUUCUUUAUAUGUUGGUGCUCUACUUGUAAUAAAUGUUAAGUAAUGUUUAAAGAAAUAA